AUGGAGGCAGAUAAGCUGACGGCGAUCAGAAAGGAAUUGGGGUUAAAUGGUUCAGCACUAAAAGAUUGCAUGGACCAAGAACGCGCACGCGAAAAAGAGGCACGUGACGCUCGUCUGGCUGAAAGAAAUGCUGCGAAAGAAGCCGAAGCAGAAGCAGUCGCUAGAUUAAAAGCAGAGAAGGAAGUUCUUGAGCUUAAGUUAAUGUUGCAUCAGUUAAGCGUGACAGCAGGUAGCACAACUACUGGGCAGCUUACCGAGGGUGCGACCGUAGGCACCACGCAGAGCUACCAAAGUCCACAUAAACUCAUCCCAGCCUUUCACGAGGAACGCGAUAAGCUGGACGCAUAUAUACAGCGAUUUGAGCGCGUCGCUACUUGUCAAGACUGGCCGCAAGACAAAUGGGCCCCAUCACUAAGCCUUUGCUUGGCCGGAGAAGCCUUGAGUGUUGUUGGUAGGAUGGCACCUGAACAUGCUACAGACUACGUAACGUUGAAGAAAACACUACAACAACGCUUUAGGUUCACGGAAGAAGGCUAUCGCAAGAAAUUUCUAUCCGGAAAACCAGAUAAUUUUGAAACAGGCACGCAGUUUGCCGGGCGUCUAUUAGGUUAUUUUGACCAUUGGCAAGAAAUGGCAAAAACAGACCGGACCUACGAUGCUCUGCGAGACAAAAUUGUCUCGGAGCAGUUUCUCGCACAAUGCCAUGAAAAACUCAGUGCCCACAAACCGCUUAUGUACAUCAAGUCAGCCAAGCAUGUGAACAGCCGCGUGUUACGGUGGAGCGUCAUUAUUAUAAAGUACGACUUUUCGGUCGAGUAUAUAAAAGACAGCGACAAUAUAGGUGCAGAUUACAUGAGCCGUUUGCCAACUCUGUGA